CAUUUUCCGUUCGAAUUCGAGCCCUGUCGAUAGAACUGAUUUUCGUCGUCUCCCUCGUUCUCCGUGUUGUUGUUCAUCUCGGUGACGCGACAGAGGUGUAGCCUGACGCGGUCUCUUACGUGUCGGUCUGAAUAAAAGUGGAGCUCGGAGGACCCGGGAGUGACGAAGCGAGUCUGUGUCGGGCUCUCCAGAGUUCUCCACCCGCCAUUCCAGCCAACUAAAUGACCAUGGAAGUGGGAGCCGAUACACAGCAGGGUGGUGACACAGCUGUUUCUGAGUCUGAGGCCCAGCAGAUCACACUGGCCCAGGUGUCUAUGGCAGCAGGACAGGUCUCCUCCAGCGGCCCCACAGUCACCCUGGUGCAGCUACCCAACGGGCAGACGGUUCAGGUCCACGGGGUCAUCCAGGCCGCCCAGCCCUCGGUCAUCCAGUCGCCUCAAGUACAGACUGUUCAGAUUUCAACAGUUGCAGAGGAUUCCCAGGACUCCCAGGAGUCGGUGGACAGUGUGACAGACUCUCAGAAGAGGAGGGAGAUUCUGUCCAGACGUCCUUCCUACAGGAAGAUCCUGAACGACCUGUCGUCUGACGUGUCUGCGGUCCCGCCGAUCGAGGAGGAGAAAUCGGAGGACGACUCGACCCCCGCCAUCACCACCGUUGCCAUGCCCACAUCAUGCCCCAUCUAUCAGACGGCCAGCGGCCAGUACAUUGCCAUCACCCAGGGCGGCGCCAUCCAACUGGCCAAUAACGGUACAGAUGGCAUGCAGGGGAUGCAGACCCUGACCAUGACCAACGCGGCGGGCGCCCAGCAGGGCACCACCAUCCUGCAGUAUGCCCAGACCUCCGAUGGACAGCAAAUCCUGGUGCCCAGCAACCAGGUGGUAAUGCAAGCUGCCUCUGGAGAAGUGCAGACCUACCAGAUCCGUACGGCCAACACCAGCAGCAUGACUCCUGGGAUGGUGAUGGCCUCCUCUCCCGCCCUGUCUGGCCAGGAAGGCCCAGAGGUUGUCGUCACCCGUAAGAGGGAGGUCAGACUGAUGAAGAACAGGGAGGCGGCCCGGGAGUGUCGCCGGAAGAAGAAGGAGUACGUCAAGUGUCUGGAGAACCGUGUGGCCGUUCUGGAGAACCAAAACAAAACCCUCAUCGAGGAACUGAAGUCACUUAAAGACUUGUACUGCCACAAAUCAGAGUAGUGUCCCACCCCCAUGUACAGAGACUCACCACAGAGCCAUGUAUCUGGCACCACCCUCCCCCAUUUAUCCUUUUCUUUUUAAAAAGCUCUACCAGUCUAUGAGACCUACAGAAAGAGGAAAAAGAACAAGAACACAAUUUCUCCACUUUUUCACAAGUAUCCCUUUAAAAGGAUGACCUCAUGAGUACCCCUAAAAAGGAUGGCCUCAUGAGUACCCCUAAAAGGAUGACCUCAUGAGUACCCCUUAAAAGGAUGACCUCAUGAGUACCCCUUAAAAGGAUGACCUCAUGAGUACCCCUUAAAAGGAUGACCUCAUGAGUACCCCUUAAAAAGGAUGACCUC